AUGAAAAUCGGUACAAAAUUGCGUUCCAUAGUUAAAUCCUCAUUAGCUACGGAAAGUGGCUAUGAAAUGAAAAUUGUAGCUAAUUAUACUACGGAAUAUGCUAUACAAUGGUUGAAUUGCACCGACCCCAAAUCACCGAACUCAAUCCUCUUGUGCUCCGGUAUCCUCCGCCGUGCAGGGAGAUCCUCUCACUCAUCUUGUCUGGUUUGCCUUGUGCCGCCUGCUCUUUCAAUAGCUAGGUGUACUCCAGUGUAG